AUGGAAAAACUUGAACGUCUAAUAGCGAUCAAUAAUGUACAAUGUAUUCGAUUUCGACCAAGAAUUUCUUCUGAUCCAUAUUAUAUUACGAUUGUUAGAGGAUCAGGUUGUUCAUCUUAUGUAAGUUUCUUUCAUGAACAGUCACGACCGGAUCGUGAUGAAUAUAUUACAGUCUAUUAUGAAAAUAUAAGACCAGGCAUGGAACACAAUUUUGUAAAAUUUAAUAAUAGCUUUGUAGAUACGCUGAAUACAUCGUAUGAUUAUGCAUCAGUGAUGCACUAUCCAGCUAAUGCAUUUUCUGUGAAUAAUCGUUCAACAAUCGUGCCACUUCAACCAAACGUUACAAUUGGUCAACGUGUCAAUUUAAGUUCAAUCGAUAUACUAGAAGUUCGAAUACUAUACAACUGCCCAACCUCCGGAGUUACAUUACCACCAACUACGACAACUACAACAAGUAAUGAGUAA